GGACCGCCCGGGCUCUCGGGGCACCGCCGGGACAGGAGCGGGAUGGCGGGCGGCAGGCGCCGUGCGGGUGGCGGGCGGCGCGGGGGGCCCCGGCAGCACCCCGGCACCCCCGGGCCGGCCUCCCCGCCCGCACCGCUCCCUCCUGCAGCCGCCCCGGCCCGGCCGAACGCGGGUGCUACCCCCAAAAGCGGCCGCUCCAAGAAGGCCCCGGAGGAGCCAGCGGCGAGGGCUCCAGACGUGGACUCGCUGGGCUUUCAGGCCAUGGACCGCAACGUGCCGGGGCUGUCGCACGUCAUCCUGCAGAAGCUCAACAUGAAGAGCUAUGAGGACUACAAGUCUGCCAUGGAUGGGAGGAAGAGCGGCAGCGAUUUCGGCAUCCGGACGUAUUUUGACAUGUUCCAGAAGAUGGAGGACACCUUCAAGUUUUGUGUUGAGUGCAAGAAGCUCCCCGAUGCCCUCCCGGACCCCAAAAGCCUCCGGCGUUGCAAGAGGUGCCAAAAUGUGUACUACUGCGGCGUGGCGUGCCAGCGUGCCAACUGGCCACUGCACAAGAAGUUCUGCAAGAAGCUGAAGCUGGUGGCCCUGGACCGGCUGGUGGAGUGGCUCAUCUUCACAGGAGACAUCCCAUUUCCCACGGACGCCUGGACAAAGCCUGCUCGGGACGUGAAGGGCUGGGAGGACUGGUUCUCCAUGCAGGAGCAGCUGGAGGAGAAGCUGGGUGCCAUCGUGGCGGGGCGGUACAUGACCCUGCUGUGGGCCAACGCCGGGAAGCCGCGGCCGGAGGACGCGGAGCUGCGGGAGUCCAUCCGGCGCCUGGUCACCGACUUCCACUCGCGGCCGCUCACCAUCGGCCUGGCACUGCGGCUGUUUGGCAUCGACCCCCUCACCAGGCCCCUCACCGUGCACGUGGUGGGGGCUUCCCACGUGGAGACCCUCAACACGCGGCUGACGGACUACGACGAGCUGACGCGGAUGUUCCCGGGGCACCAGGGCGUGGAGAUGGUGAUGGUGGGGGUGGACGUGGUGGACGGACCCAUCAUGAGGCCACCCCUGACCACGCUGGCACCCCGGGGAAAAGUCUAUCUCAGCAGCUACAAGGGGCUCUACCACGACUUCUGGGAAAGCCACGUGGAGACCAAGCUGGCCGCCCCUCCUGACCUGGUGGUGGGCUUUCACCCGGGUUUCCAUGCCUGCCCAGACCUGCUGGCGGGCUGGCUGCCCACCCUGCUGCUGCUGCGGGACUAUGGCCUGCCUGUGCUCUUCACCGUGUACAGUGAGCAGGAGCUGAAGGCCUCCCUGCAGAUCCUUGUGGAGCUCGAGAUGCACAUUGUGGGUUAUGCCAGCAACCCCUUUGCCUCGCUGCGGCCCGAGCAGGUCUAUUCGAGCCCCAACAAGCCGCCUGUCUACUGCAGCUCCCACUACAUCGCCCUGCUGGGAGCAGAGGCUGUGCCGGGGGCUGCGGAGCUGGAGGAUGAUGAUGGCUGGAAGGGAGGAGAGCCCAGUGCCGCUGCUGUGGCUGGGGACAUUGUCCCACGGCUGGGCUGAUCCUGCCUGCCCUGACCACCUGACCCCCAGAGGCUUGCUGCCCAUCCAGGACCCCAUCUCCACAGCCUGGGAUUAGCGACCCAGAAAUCCCUCACUGCACACAUGGAGGCGUGGGGGAUACAGCACCCUUCCACAGCACCAAAUAAAUCACUAUCAGCAACCA